GCUUGGCCCAUUUAUCGCGACGGCCGACCUUCCUGCUGCUGCUGUUUUCGUACUUGUUUUUGGCGCUCAUCUCCACUCCCCGCAUUCGGAGCGGCUCUAUAGUGCAUACUUGUACAACAGCUGGCGGCAGUCGCACAGAGCAGCCCGACAGGUUUUGCGCUUAUACGGCCUGAAAUCCGCCUGCUCCAAAUCGCGCGUAGCUGCGCUUCGCCGUCGAAGAGCGAAGAUGUCGGUGUCGGCAGCCUCCAUCCGGCGCUCCAACCUGGGCGAGGGACCUCACUGGGACCCUGCAUCCAAGACGCUCCUCCACGUUGACGCUCCCGUGGGAGACCUGUGCCGGCUGGAUGUCGUCACGCGGGAUACGUCGGGCAUCCACUUCGACGGGCUGGUCACCAUCGCUAUUCCGUACAAAUCCGACCCGAACCUGAACGUCAUCACGCUGAACAGAGAAGUCCGCAAGUUUGACUGGACCACAUCUCAGUCCGAAGUGCUCACAGAGGUGGACAGCGACAAGCCGAAAAACAAAUUCAAUGACGGAAAGUGUGACGUCACCGGUCGGCUCUGGGCAGGAACGAUGGGUGAGCACCAGGACGAACACAUGAUCGACAAGGAGAACGGUUCGCUCUUCAGCAUCGACCCUGCCACGCUGAAUGUGACCAGCCACGUGACCAAAAUGAACAUAUCCAACGGCAUGACCUGGUCGCCGGACAAUCGAAGCAUGUUCUACAUCGACUCGUUCACGCGUAGUGUGUACUCGUUCGGCUUCGAUGCCACCAGUGGGCAGCUGUCAAACAGGCAAGUCCUGGUGGACUUCAACGUUAAGGAAGAGUACAAAGACUGUGGAUACCCCGAUGGAAUGACAGUGGACACCAACGGCAAGUUGUGGGUUGCAUGUUACGCUGCGGGCAGAGUAAUCAACAUCGAUCCCGAAACAGGCAAGCUGCUCCGGAGCGUUCUGCUGCCGGCGUCAAAGACCACGUCGUGCUGCUUUGGGGGCGAUAACUACGACGAGUUGUACGUCACCUCUGCCUGGAAGGGGCUGACGCCGGACCAGCUUCGCGCCGAACCCCUGGCGGGAUCGGUCUUCAAAGUCACCUGUUUGGGAGCCAAGGGUUUCGAGGCGCACGCCUUCAACCGCUAAACGAACAUGUGCACAAGUUUUGAAAUACUAGGUAGAUACAUAAUCUUAGGACAAUGGCUGAGUGAUCAGCCUAAAUAAAUGCUUUCUUGCCAUA